UGGCUAGGUACUAUAAGCCCUAAGUCUUCCAACCCACCAUCAAAUCAAACACAACUCAGAAACUACAAUUCCACCCCCCCCCCCCCAACCCAAAAAACACACAAACAAAAAGAAAGAGACAAAGCCAUGGAGGUCAUCAAGAUAAUAUUGGUCAUAGCAACAACCAUGGCUUUGUCUAUCACUCUCAUGACCGUGAAAAGGGUCGGUUAUGGAGAAGAAGAGCAAGAAGGAAAAACCCCUUUCACCGACUCGUGGAAACAGCAACCGGAGGUCGAUGAAAACACCUUGCUACUACCUUCCAAGAGGGUGAGUCGUUUCCUAGCUGAAAAUGAUCUGGUUGACAGAAACCCUAGAGCAGCUGACCAUUGCCACAAAGACAAUGAGGUAUGUGCCUACACGCCGCCGGGAUAUAAGAACUCGACGUGUUGCAACAACAAGUGCCUGGACUUGUCCGAGGACAAGAACAACUGUGGUGCAUGCAAGAAGAAGUGCAAGUACACUGAAUCGUGCUGUAGAGGAGAGUGCGUGAACACGAAUUAUGACAAGAGGCAUUGUGGCCAGUGCAACAGUCCCUGCAAGUUUGGGCAGUACUGUGUAUAUGGUCUUUGCAAUUAUGCGUGA